CCUUGGUCAGCCGACAUACAUAUGUACAUAUAAACGCUGACAAAUAUACAUAUGUAUGUACAUGCGUAUCACCAGAUCGCUACCGCCGGUGUCAACCUUUCUGCGUCUCUGGUAAGUCUCCAAAAUAAGUGGCGCAACCAGCAGGAAUCCCCUACAGCAUGUAAUAGUACCCAGAUCGCACCAUUAGGGCACAGCAAAGCCUCGCAAAUAACGACCCCAAUGGGAAGCCACUAAGAAGUAAAUUCUCAGGUGUCGUCGUGAGUGCCAACACAACCAAGCUCUUUAGUUCCCAUUAAAUGCCGGAUAGACACGGCCAGAUCGACUCUGCUAAUGAUCGUGACCAAGAUCUUUUCAUCGAAUCUAGUACACCCGUUUAUUCUACGAGUAAUGGGUACAAAAACACCAAACUCAAACACGCAGCACAGAUUCGCACUCACUCACGUUUACUUUGAGUGGAAGCUCGACUUCGAGUGAGUGGAAUAUUGAAUGAAAACAUUGAAAGUGGACUGGACGGUUUGGACGCCAAAAUAAAUCUUACAAACGCUCGCCAACUACCGUGCAGUCAAGGUUUGUUUAAGUAAUUGUCCAAAAAAUAGUUUCAGAGUGUGAAAAUGGUGUCGAGUGUAAAAAUGAUCUUGGCUCUCACCGUCUUGGCCACCGCAGCCUGCACUGGGUACGCCAUUAAGUGCUAUCAGUGCGAUUCCUUGACUUAUUCCGCGUGUGGAAAGGACUUUCAGCCAGAUAGUAAGCUCGUUUUGGAUUGCACCAAGAUGGCUCCCCCUCGAUUCCUCCAGAGCUUCUUCCCAGUUCGAAACGCCACCGGUUGCAUGAAGCAGACCAUCGACAUUCCGGGUAACCCCCAGAUCGUGAGGUCCUGCUACUUUGGCAACAUCGCCGACACGAAGCUUGGCUGCCAGACGGAUCCCAGCCUGCCGAUUAACAGGUUGCUGAGCUGCGAUGUUUGCACCGAGGACGAGUGCAACGGAUCCUCCUCCCUGGCCCCCAUCGCCGGAGUCAUCCUCCUCUUCUUUGGCUUGGCCCGUCUGCUGGCCUGAACUAGGAGCCAGUUUUAGUACCGCUGAGCUACCGCAACCAUAUCGAGUUCGCCUAUGGGAAGCCCCAAGGAGCCGCCUUAGUCACCUUUGUUGUUACACCCUUUUAAACAGUUUUUGCCCACAUUAAACGUCACUCUAUUUAUGUGUA